UUGUCUCUCUUUGUUUACCUCACCUCAACAUACGUGUAUUAACGCCAGCAAUUACGACUGCAUCAAAAGUUAAAAUUCUCUAUAAAAAUUUGCUCUCUCAAAAACAUAUUCUCUUCUUGAAAUUCUUGGUUGCAAACUCGUGGUGAAUUAAUUUGAAGAAAAAAUGGUUUUCAAGUUGAAUAACCUUUUGUUGUCUAGAAUAGCAAGCGGCAACGGACAUGGUGAAGACUCCCCAUAUUUUGAAGGCUGGAAAGCCUAUGACAGUAAUCCCCAUCAUCUCACGGAGAAUCCAAAUGGGGUUAUCCAGAUGGGUCUUGCAGAGAAUCAGCUUUGCUUUGAUUUGAUUCAAGACUGGCUCAAAAACAACCCAAAAGCCUCCAUUUGCACUCCUGAAGGAGUUAAUGAGUUCAGAGAGGUAGCUCUCUUUCAGGACUAUCAUGGCCUGCCAGAAUUUAGAAAUGCUGUAGCAAAGUUCAUGGAAAAAGUGAGAGGAAAUAAAGUUACAUUUGAUCCUGACCGCAUUGUUAUGAAUGGAGGAGCUACCGGAGCUCAUGAAACAAUUGCCUUUUGCUUGGCAGAUCCCGGCGAGGCAUUUUUGGUACCUACUCCGUAUUAUCCAGGAUUCGAUCGAGAUUUGAGAUGGAGAACAGGAGUAAAACUCAUUCCAGUUGAUUCUGAAAGUUCUAACAACUUCAAGGUAACAAGAGAAGCCUUGGAAAAUGCCUACGAGAUGGCAAAAUUAGACAACAUCAAAGUAAAGGGCUUGCUCAUAACCAAUCCAUCAAAUCCGUUGGGCACCAUGCUAGAUAGGGAAACUCUAAGAAGCAUUGUGAGCUUCAUCAAUGAAAAGAACAUCCAUUUAGUCUGUGAUGAGAUUUAUGCAGCCACGGUUUUCAGCCAGCCUGAUUUCAUUAGCAUAGCAGAGAUACUACAGGAAGAUAUCGAAUGCAAUCUUGAUCUUGUACACAUAGUUUACAGUCUGUCUAAGGACAUGGGGUUCCCUGGCCUUCGGGUUGGGAUUAUCUAUUCUUACAAUGAUGCGGUAGUGAGUUGCGCCCGAAAAAUGUCAAGCUUCGGAUUGGUAUCCUCGCAAACUCAGCACAUGAUAGCAUCAAUGCUAUCAGAUGAUGAAUUUGUGGGAAAGUUCAUUAGGAAAAGCAAAAGGAGAUUAGCCGCAAGGCAUAGAGUCUUCACUUAUGGACUUGCUCAAGUAAGCAUUAAGUGCUUGACGACAAGUAAUGCUGGCCUGUUUUUGUGGAUGGAUUUGAGUGGACUCCUCGAAGAGAAGACAUUUGAAGCUGAAAUGGCACUAUGGCGAGUUAUAAUCCAUGAAGUCAAGCUCAAUGUCUCGCCAGGUUGUUCUUUUCAUUGCCCGGAGCCAGGGUGGUUUCGGGUUUGUUUUGCCAACAUGGAUGACCAGACCAUGCAAGUUGCUUUGUCAAGAAUUAGAACUUUUGUCAACAAGGAUGUCGACACCAAGAAGCCUAAAAAGACCCUACGCUGGCAAGGCAGCCUUAAACUCAACUCUCCUCGAAUAUACGAUGAUUUCAUCAAUUCUCCGCACUCUCCCAUACCUCAAUCGCCCCUUGUCCGAGCAAGGACUUAGAUGGGAAUCUCAAUUUCAUCCCUCCAUUCCUAUAUGCGUGUUGCUUAGGGAAGAUACUUUGGUUAAUUC